UAAUCGUGGGGGAAGUCCAUCCCAGAACGCUGCCGUCACAGAUCCCAUUGGUGGCCGGCCGAGUCUGUCACUGAACAGCCAUGUCAGGGGACACAUGAACCGGACUCAUCUGUGACAUCCCUGGGAUUAGACUCCGUUAUUCUAAACCGCAGUACACAGUAAAGCACCAGGGCGCUCCUCUUUCAGAGAAACUGUCUUUUCGUCGCUCCUCGAACGGCAGCUCUUCUGAGACCGUGCCCGCGUCGAGAAUGGUGUUUCUUUUAUUCAGACGCGAGUAGUACGGUUGGAGCGAUUUUAACACGUCGCUGGACCGCCGUCCAGUCGAGGAACCGUCGGAUCUCUGAACCUGCCUUACUUAUUUUAUAUGACUCAAUAGCUGCGUUUUGUAUCGGAGGGAAACGUAUGUUCAUGAAAAUCGAGCAUGUCAGGAAAACAUUACAAGGCUCAUGAAGUCAGUUGCUGCAUCAAAUAUUUUAUAUUCGGUUUCAAUAUAAUAUUUUGGCUGCUGGGAGUGGCCUUCCUGGGGAUCGGGCUGUGGGCAUGGAGCGAGAAGGGCGUGCUCUCCAACAUCUCCUCCAUCACAGACCUGGGGGGCUUCGACCCAGUCUGGCUCUUCCUGGUGGUGGGAGGGGUGAUGUUUAUCCUGGGCUUCGCCGGCUGCAUCGGAGCUCUGAGGGAGAACACCUUCCUGCUCAAGUUUUUCUCAGUGUUUCUGGGGAUCAUCUUCUUCCUGGAGCUGACCGCGGGGGUCCUGGCCUUCGUCUUUAAGGACUGGAUCAAGGACCAGCUCAACUUCUUCAUCAACAACAACAUCAGGGCGUACCGGGACGACAUCGACCUGCAGAACCUCAUCGACUUCACCCAAGAAUAUUGGGAGUGCUGCGGGGCGUUCGGGGCCGACGACUGGAACCUGAAUAUCUACUUCAACUGCACUGACUCCAACCCCAGCCGAGAGAAGUGUGGAGUUCCCUUCUCCUGCUGCACCAAGGACCCUGCGGAGGAUGUCAUCAAUACACAGUGUGGCUACGACAUUCGGGCGAAAGAUGACUCGGAGCAGAAGACCUUUAUCUACAUCAAAGGUUGCGUGCCUCAGUUCGAGAAGUGGCUGCAGGAGAACCUAACCGUGGUGGCGGGGAUCUUUAUUGGAAUUGCACUGUUGCAGAUAUUUGGGAUAUGCUUGGCGCAGAAUCUAGUGAGCGACAUCGAGGCUGUGAGAGCGAGCUGUCUGUUCACCUGAUGCCUCAGCUCCCCUGACCUGACCACACAGGUCCCCUGCAGCAUGGAGCACAGAUGGCGGAAGAGAAAUCGCCAAGUUCACCACAUUAUAUGAGAC